UCCCUUUAUAAAAGGGACAUGCCUCACCCUGCAGUCCAUGAUCGCCGCUCUGCCUCUUGAUCCCUUCGAAUUGCCCGCAUCACACUGCGGCUGUUCUCCUCCUCGCUCCCCUCUCCCCAUCUCAUCCUGAUCUCCACGGAUCACUCAUCACCUAGCUAGCUACUACCUAGCCAGCCAUAGCUCCAUCCGGAUCUCGAGCGCAAGCUCCUCUCGGUCCCAUGUCUGCCAUCUACAUGAGCCAGCUCUCCACUGCCCUCCCUCUCAUGGAGGGAGAUCACCACCAGGAUCAUCACCACCACCACCACCAAGGACACUUCCAGACCUUCACCCUGCCCAAGGAUCCCCCGAUCCUGUUCCCCUUUGUGAUCAGCAGCAGCAGCAGCGCCAGCGACAGCAGCCUGAGCUAUGGAUCGGCAGACCAUCACUUGAUGUUCAGGCAGCAGCAUCAAGCUAUGCUGGAGCCCCAACAUAUGAUAGGCGGAUCAUCGUCUGCGAGUGUCUUUGCGACGCCGUUCCCGACCGUGGAGAGCAUCCGGGACGACAUGAUCGAGCCGUCCUCGUACGAUCCAUACGAUAUGGGGAGGCUGCAGGCCGCCGGAUCACUCGAGGCUGCAGGCAGCUGGACGCCGCCGGCCAAGAUGAGGAUCACGAGGAAGGCGACCGCCGAUCCUGGUGCGGCGAAGAAGCCCAGGAGGAAGGCGCAAGGGUACGAGGACAUGAUGAGCAUGGGCGGCCAGCCUAAUCUGGGUGUUAUUAGGGUGUGCUCCGACUGCAACACCACCAAGACGCCCUUGUGGAGGAGUGGUCCCUGCGGCCCCAAGUCGCUCUGCAACGCGUGCGGCAUCAGGCAGCGGAAGGCGCGGCGGGCGAUGAUGGCCUCCGGCGGCGGCUCCGGGCCAGUGCCGGCCGACGGCGCCAAGGCAGCCACGGCCACGCCCAGGGACGCCAUGGCCGCACCAGCACACCCUAAGGUGAAGAAGGAGAAGAGAGUGGACGUGGACCGGUCGCUGCCGUUCAAGAAACGGUGCAAGCUGGUCCAGGAUCACGCUGGCGCUGCCGGUCCUCCUCCUGCCGCGGCUCACAAGGCCGUCGUCCAGCCCGCCGCCGAGGUUGCUGAUGACGCCGGUCUGAGCAGCAGGGACCUCGUCGACAACAUUGGGCUCCUCAGCUGGAGCAGGAACCCAGCUCCCCCAUCUGCCGCUGCUUCGUGCAGCUUAUUCCGCGCGUCGCCGGGCCUGCCGGUGCAGCAGGACGAGAUCACGGAUGCCGCCAUGUUGCUCAUGACGCUGUCCUGCGGGCUUGUCCGGAGCUGAUGAUGAUCUACCGUACCUCUACACAAGGCACGACCAGCACCGUAGGCCUUUUGCAGCACCUAGGUGCCUUUGACUGUUAGUGUUACCGUCAUCUACCUUCCGCGCUGGUGUUUUUUGGCUUCUUGUUCGUGUUGCCAGUGCAACCCGUGUCACUGUUCGCGAGUCAUGUGAUUCGUUCGUGUAUGUGAGAGAGAUCAGAGAGAGAAGAGUUGAGAUAGGAGCGAGAAGAUCACGAGGGAAGUAAUAAGGCAAAAUCGUGAGAUUACCAUCUAGCUAGAAAUAUAGCUAGGAUAUAAUUGCAUGUAGUGUGAGGAGUUUCAGUUUUGAGUAAUAGUUUUUUUUUCUGUGCUGGGGGGGCUAUAACAUGGUCGCUGGCUGCUAGCCUGUUACAUGUAUUUUUGUUCUUUGUUGUUUUGGUUCAGUUUCUUGUACUGGAGCUAAAAAUAAUAGCAAUAUGGAGAGAGAUCAAGCACAAGGUGAUUUUUCUGUUCA